CCAAUAGGCGGGGCGCAGGGGGGCGGGGCCGGGGCCGGCGCGGCGGAGCCCCGGCGCGCUGCCGCGGGACCCCCGCCCCCAUGGGGGACGCGCCGCUGCCGGAGCUGGAGGCCGUGCUGGACGGAGGCGCCUGGGACGUGGGGGCGGCUUUCGAGGGGUGCCCCGCGCCCCCCGGGGUCCGCCUGGGCAGGGACGUUUGCUACGUCGUGCUGGCCGUGCUCUUCAACCAGGAGGACGCGCUGCUGCUGGUGCAGGAGGCCAAGCCCGAGUGCCGUGGCCGCUGGUACCUGCCCGCGGGCCGGGUGGAGCGGGGCGAGGCCGUGCUGGCGGCGCUGCGCCGCGAGGUGCGCGAGGAGUCGGGGCUGCACUGCGAGCCCGUGACGCUGCUGGCGCUGGAGGAGCGGGGCCCGGCCUGGAUCCGCUUCGCCUUCCUGGCGCGGGCCACAGGAGGGACCCUGAAGACCCUGCAGGAGGCAGACUCCGAGUCCCUCCAAGCCACCUGGUGGCCCGGGGACCCGCGCUCGCUGCCGCUGCGCUCCCCGGACAUCCUGCCGCUGCUGGAGCUGGCCGCCCGCUACCGCCGCAGCCCCGCGCACCCCCCGACGCUGCCGCGGGAGCUGCCCUGCUCCCCGCUCUGCCUGCGCCUCCUGCUGCCCUUCUCCAACGCCGCGGGCGAGCUGUGGCUGCUGCUGGCCACCGGCGGCACCCCGCACCUGCCCGUGGUGGCGUGCGGCACGUCCCGCUCCGAGCUGCGUGCGGGGCUGCGCCCGCCGCUGCUGCGGCUGCUGCGGGAGCGCCUGGCCUGGGAGCCGCAGCCCGCGGCCCUGGGGCUGCUGGGGCUGCAGCACAGCCCCGGCGACUCUGGGGACAGCGACGGCGUCUGCUUCAACGUGCUGCUGAGCGUGCCCCCGGACAGCCGGCGGGAGCGGCCCCCCGAGCCCCGCGACCCCGCGCUGCGCUGGUGGCCCGUGCGGGACGAGCGGCUGCGGGGCCGCGUCCUGCGGAGGCUCGGUGCCACCGUGCCCGUCCGGAGCUAGGCACGGGAGAGCUGCGGGGGGAGUGCGGGGCUGGGAGGGGCAAAGGGGGAGCCCCGGGAUGCGCUGCCCGGGGAUGGGGGCUGCUCUGGGGGUGCUGAGGGCAGAAAUGAAAUAAACCCGGCGGCUGCUGG